UGUUCCCUCAAUUCCGCUUUGCUUUCUCUCCUCUCUGCUGUCUAGAGACUGAACUCUUGAGAGUGAAAGAGAUCUGGAGCUUGCAGGGAUCGAUCUGUUGAGCCAUGGACGACUUCAUGCAGUGGGCGAUGAAUUCGCUGGACCAGCAGCAGCACCACGCCGUCGCUCCUCCCGCGUACGGCGGUACUGGUGGCUCCGGCGACGGCGGCGGCAGCAGUGCUGGUGCUGGUCCAGCAGCCUUCCCCUCGCUGCAGGCGCUACGGCGCCAGUCGACCGCUGCCGGCGGCGGCUUCCGAGCUGACCUGACGGUGCAAGUGGACCAGCACCGGGCGAGCAACAGCUGGAGCGCCAGCUCCUGCGACAGCCCCUGCGCCGCCGCCAUGGACUACGAUGCGACGGCCGCCACCGCCGCCGCCUCUGGGUGGUCACCGCACACGGCCAGCGCCAGGACCAGCAGACCCAUGAGCUGGAACUUCAGUGCCGCGUCCGCGCAGACGACCGAAGCCUCGCUGCCGAGUCCGGCUGCUGCCGCUGCCGCCGCCGCCGUGAGAGGAGGCCACAGUACGCACACCGCAGGGAGGCGUGCUGGGGGACUACUGGCAGCUACGGCGUCCCACGGACAGGGAGGAGGCACGGCGGCGUCUUCGUCGGCGUCGGCGGCAUCUGCCGGCGGGCCCGUGCAGGACCACAUCAUCGCCGAGCGCCGCCGCAGGGAGAAGAUCAACCAGCGCUUCAUCGAGCUCUCCACCGUCAUCCCCGGCCUCAAGAAGAUGGACAAGGCGACGAUUCUUGGGGACGCAGUGAAGUACGUGAGGGAGCUGCAGGAUAAGGUGAAGACGCUCGAGGACGACGGCAGCGCCGCCGCCGCCACCACCAACAUCGUCCGCUCCGCCGUGCUCGUCAACAAGAAGAAGCCAUGCCUAGGCCUAGCCGGCGGAGGUGACGACGUCGCCGAGCAGAGCCACGGCGGCGGCGGGCUGCCGGAGAUCGAGGUGCGGGUGUCGGGCGAGAGCGUGCUGGUGCGGAUCCACUGCAAGAACGCGAGGGGUUUGGUGGUGAGGGUGCUGGCGGAGGUGGAGGCGCUUCGGCUCGCCAUCACGCACACCAGCGUCAUGCCGUUCCCGGCCGCCACCGCCAUCAUCACCAUCACCGCAAAGGUGGAAGAGGGGUUCAACUCGACAGUGGAUGAUAUCGUGAGGAGGCUCAACUCGGCGCUGCACCAACAUUACGGUGCCAAUUCUGAUCAAAACACUGCGAAAAGAGAAUGCUAAACCGGCCAGCUCAUGCAUACAAUGCAAGCCCAUCCUUUCCUUGGAUGAUUUCAUAAUACGAUAAUAUGGAAAAUUAAGAGAGGAUCUCAUGGUGGCGAAUUCAUGCAUGUGCAUACAUGAGCUUAAUAAUAUGUUGCACUCAUGCAUGCAUGGUGACGAGAAUUUCUCAGCCAACUUGCAAGUUUUGGUCCCUAGCUCUAGCUACUUUGUUGUUGCACAAUCCAAAUCACACUGAUGAAAUGGGAGAACCAGUCUGUUUGGAAUUUAUAAUGUUUUUGCUGUUUUGCAUACCUAGCUACAUAUUUCACAUGCAUUGGCAUUCCUUUUUCUGGAU